AUGCAUGCACUCCAUGUCAAUGACCUCGGGAUCCCCGCCGCCGAGAAGUUUGCCUCCCUUCUGAAGGAACUGAUGGCUGAGGCGGCGGUCAUCAAACCCAUUGUCCCCGAGAGUGACCCGUCGUCGAGCCUCGAACCUCCCCUUAACAAGCAGGACUUCGAUGGCCUGUCGGACCGUGUCGCAAAUGCGACGAGUGACAUGGUACCCGAGGGGACUGAGGAAGACGAGGCGGCAAAGACGCAGAUCAAGGCGCGCAAGUUUGCACUCAUCGAGGCUGUCACACGAGAUAUUUUCAGUAACUUGACAGCUUCAACUCCUAUCGAUAGCCCCGAGUUCGCCGUCCUGUGGGAUUUUCUCGACAUCAUCUACCUAAUCGCUGACGACGGCCACUGCGAGCCGGCCCUGCUCUUCUGGCUGAUUGAAGAGCUUCUCGAGAGUCAAGUCAUCCCCGGCUGCCGCACGAUAUUCGACUAUCUCGAAUCGCGUCGCGAGCGAAUCACGGCCAAACACACAAAGUCGACGGACCUCGUCAUUCUGCGCAGUUGCAACGAGCUCCUACGUCGCCUCUCCCGGGCAGAAGACACGGCCUUUUGCGGUCGAGUCUUCAUCUUUCUGUUCCAGAGUUUCCCCCUCGGUGACCGGAGUUCCGUCAACCUCCGCGGCGAGUACCACGUCGAGAAUGUCACGACGUACGAGAAGCCCUCGGAGGAGCAGGAAUCCUCCGAUAAGAUGGACAUGGAUAUAGACAGUAAGAAUAGUAAAGAGGCGCCCACGGAUGGCAAAGCCGGUAAGGCGGAUGAGCCAUUAUCGUCGGACCAGCUAUACGACCUGUUCUGGUCCCUACAGGAGUCCUUUAGCCAGCCCCUCACCCUCUUUGAGAAGAACGUGUUCAAGAAAUUCCAGCAUGGCGUGGAAGAGACGGUUAAGAAGUUCAGGCAAUACCCAUCGGACGAAGGGUCGCGGACCGCCAACGCAGUCGAGGACCCUAAGCAGAGCCUCAAGCGCAAGAGGGAGGGCGCCGGCGCCCGGUCAGAAGCUUUCAACCCAAAAUACCUGACAAGCAAAGACUUGUUUGAGCUCGAAAUUGGCGAUCUCACGUUCCGGCGCCACGUUCUGGUGCAGAUGCUCAUUGUGCUCAACUUUGUCUUGUCGUGGACGGGCGAAGCCAAGAAGAAGUAUGAGAAAAUCAAUGUGACCAACAAAUCCGUCAUCUACCCGGGCGAGUUUAGCGAGGAGGAUGCGAAAUGGGCUCUAGCCAUCAAGGGCAGGAUAGCCGACUACCUCCGCAAAGACACGCCGGGCAAGAUUUUCCACCGCAUGGUGGACACGGUGCUGGCGCGCGACAAGAACUGGGUGUACUGGAAGAUGGCCAGCUGUGAACCCAUCCAGCGCGAGCCGGUACAGCCGAGCCUAUGGGCCGAGUCGCAGUCGACGAUGCAGCGGUUCACGACCAACAAGCGUCUGCGGCCCGUCCCCCUCAACGCCGUACCCAUGGACUUUCUGGAGGAGAAGGACCGGACCAAGGUCAUGGACGAGCUAAAGGACCCGAAGCGGUACCAAGUUCCGGAGCUGGACUCGUUCAAGGUUAAAAUAUCGGAUGACGACUUCGAAAUCUCCAUGGCGACCAACGACGCCGACCGCGCCCGCGCCGCCGCUCUGAAAGCCAGCAAGACGUGGCGCGCCGUGCGCAUAGCCCGCGGUUUCAAGCUAGCCGCCUUCGACAAGAUUGACGACGACGCCAACGACGUCAGCGCCAUCUUCAAACCGCUAGUAGACGUGGAUGACACUGCCGCCAACGAUGAUGCGGAACAAGUGGCAGACGACGACAAGAUGCCCACAAACCGCGAGACUGUCGUUCUUGCAGCUUCUGCAACAGCAGCAGCAGCGGACAAGGUGUCCAGUCUGAUAAGCCAUCUCCAGGAGUCGCACAGGGGUGUCUUUGCCCGCGUCGUCCGCCACACGACACGCGAUCCCGCAGAGGGCGAGACCAGCGGUAGGACGUACCACUUUGUCAAGAAGCCCGAGUUUAACCAGCUACGUGACGGAGACCGUCUGGUGGAAUACACCGAGGAUGCCGACGGCGUGUCAUACGGGACUAGUUCCAAGGCUGUCGAUGCUGUCACCGAGGCGGGUAAAGUGGCUAUUAUUGAGAUGUCUAUUGAGGCCGCCAAAUUCGCUCAAGACAUGGACUUUACAGCCAGGUACAUCCUCAUCCAGCCUUCCGACACAGCCGACUCAACAGGCUAUUCACCGCCAGAAGGUUUCAACCACGUCGUCAACCUCGGUGACGAUGUGGCUGAAGCAAGCAAGACUGUUGGGGAGUACAUUUUUGAGAGAAAGAGUGGUGGUGACGGAAAGGCUGCUGAAGAAACGGAGAAUGAGGUCGAGGACACGAUAGAAAACCAACAUGUCGAGGAGGCAGGAGAAGAAGAGCGAGCAGAAGAAGAAAAGGCUACGAAUGGUGAGCAGCGGCAGCAGGAUAUGGAGGUGGAUGGUGGAGCGGAGUCAUGA